GGAGGCUCAGUGCGCCGGCGGCCAUUGAGGCGCUCGGAGCUGCGGCCGCAGAGCGGCGUUCUCCGGCUUCCCCCCGCCCGGCCCCGGUGCUCCCGUCCCGGCUCCCGGUGCUCCCCCCCCGGCGGCGGCUGUGACCCCGCGGCCGGAGCCCCCCCCCACCGCCGCCGCCCUUCCCUCGCUACCGCAGCGCCGCGGGAUGGGGGGGGCCAUGGAGAUGAAGAAGCGGAUCAACCUGGAGCUGCGGAACCGGGCCCCGGAGAAGGUGACGGAGUUGGUGCUCGAUAACUGCAGAUCCAGCAACGGGGAAAUCGAAGGCCUCAAUGAUUCCUUCAAAGAGCUGGAGUUCCUGAGCAUGGCCAACGUGGAGCUGACGUCGCUGGCCAAGCUGCCCACAUUGAGUAAGCUCCGGAAGCUGGAGUUGAGCGACAACGUCAUUUCAGGAGGCCUGGAGGUCCUUGCAGAACGGUGUCCGAAUCUCACAUAUCUAAACCUAAGUGGCAACAAAAUCAAAGAUCUUGGCACUGUGGAAGCUCUUCAAAACCUGAAGAACUUGAAGAGCCUUGACCUGUUCAACUGUGAGAUCACAAACCUCGAGGACUACAGAGACAGCAUCUUCGAGCUGCUUCAGCAGAUCACGUACCUGGAUGGGUUUGAUCAGGAAGACAACGAGGCCCCAGACUCGGAAGAUGAUGAUGAUGAGGAUGGAGAUGAGGAUGAUGAUGACGAAGGUGAGGAUGAAGCUGGUCCUCCAGGAGAAUAUGAAGAGGAGGAUGAUGAAGAUGAUGGAGGCUCCGAUCUGGGGGAGGGUGAAGAGGAGGAGGAAGUUGGUCUUUCCUACCUGAUGAAAGAAGAGAUUCAGGAUGAAGAUGAUGAUGACGAUUACGUUGAAGAAGGAGGCGAUGAGGAGGAGGAAGCAGAGGGUGUGCGAGGGGAGAAGAGGAAACGAGACCCUGAAGAUGAAGGCGAGGAAGAGGAGGAUUAACUUGUUCUAGACACCAGUAGGACCAGCCUCUUCGGUUCCAGAACACGCAAUAGUGAUUAUGCAGAUCUGUAUGUCUCCAUGUACCAUAGAUGUCCCUCCAGAAGAUAAUACGUUAACUUUUUAUAGGAGAAGUGUGGUUUUACUAUUCUUGCCCUUUUUAUCAUUCCAAAUAAGAUAUAAUAGCCUGGUAGUGAACCUGUACGUAGAAAACAAUUUUCAGCCCUAUAAUCACUGAAGCCAUUGUCAAGUUUUUUCCCCCCCCCUCUCCCAAAACUUUUCUUUGGAGCUCUUUGGUUUCUACAAGCUUGCUGUGUUGGUCAUCAUUAGCCCAGACAAAAACACCCAUUUCACAUGGGUUUAACCUAGUGUGGUUUUCCUCCUUCAGAGUUUUUAUACUGAAAAAGCUAAAACUCAACCCCACUUACUGCAACCUCUUUUAAAUGAGUGCAGCCUCAGUUUCCCAGGGAUUCUGUUGGAAGCAGACAACUGGAUUACACCUUUAGUUCAGCUUUUUAAAAGGGGACUCUUGGAAUAGGCUUUGAAGGCUUCUGUCCAUUUUGUGUAUUCUAAAGCCUAAGUGGGUUUCAGAAGAUCCAUGUUUCCCUUCUUGUUCAGAGGGUCAGCGUUUGCUGGAGUAUCCAACCUUCAAGAGCAAACAAAGGGUUGUAAUCCAUCCAUUUGCUCCAGAAGAGCCAUUGCAGGUAUUAACAACCUGGAGUGUGGAACCAUUUCACUAGAAGCCUGUGUUAAACUUUCACUCACUUCGCUCUUGCAUUGUCAUGUUGGGAAUUCUGCAACAGUAUUUGGCUAUCAAAUAGAUGCAUUUCUCAUGCAGGUAUUAACGGGUAACUCCUUGGAGCGCAUUUUCUUCAAGCACCCCCCCCCCUUUUAUAGAAUAUUGAAAGGGGGAAAGAUGAGCAUAAGAUAGUUUUUCUUCCCAGGUCACCUUUGAAACCUUUUACAUCUGGUUGUAGGUAAACCAUUUGAGUCCAUGUAUAAUACUAGUUCAUAGGUUAGGGUUUUUUACCUUGAAGGGCUGCAGAAAGCUGGUUGGUUGCACGCAGUCGGUGGUGAAUACAGGAGACAUGCAGACAAGGGGUGUUUCUUCUCUAGCAGCCUGAUUGCAACCACCAGGUCUGACUAAUUCUGUCCUCACUCUGUGACAAGCCCGAGAUUGAUGUUUUCUAUUCAAGCCACCACCCAAGUUCAGCUGUGACCGCGUUCCUCUUGCAGUUGGGAUUUGGAUUGAAAGCAGUGGGCUUGAGAUGAAACUAAUUCCCAUUGUUCCAUGUAGGUACUGAACCAAAUAUCACACACAGCUUUAUUCAAGAGACUUAUUUUUGUAUCUGUCGUGGCCGACAGCAGCUGCCGUUAACCUGGGGGAGACACAAGGGUGGGGAAGAGGGAGAUUCCCUGGAGCUAAUUCAGUCCCUCACCCAUAGGUUACCUGUGAGUAUUUAAGAGGUAUUUUACACACUUCCAACUCGCCAAUCAAGUCUAGAUCCUGCAGGGUUGAAGUUCUGCAAAGCCCCAUUUCUUGUGUGCGUGGUUUCCCCCCCUCCCCAAAUAGAGCCUUAAGUCCUAGUUCCUUGUGUAGCUGUUGAGGGCAGCAUCUGAGCGGAGCGAGUUGGGUGGAAGUGAAGUGAACUCACCAGGGUUUGCAGUUCUGGUAAAGGCACUAGUGCUAAAACAACGUUUGCAACCACAACCUGCAGUUCCCGUGUCUGUCUGUGAAUCCUGAACGAGUAGAACCCGUAGGUAAGUGCACAUCCUAUCUUCUCGUGGAGGCUCUGUGUUCAAGGCAGUUGCUUCGUGCUCAGCUUUGGGAUAGAAACCUGCGUUUUCCCAUCUUUUUUUGCUUAUGGUUUUUACUUUCUUUUUGAAGUCUCAGCGAAUGAUUGAAAUCUGUUAUUUAUAAGGGUGUACUUCAGAGUACCUCGUUGUCAGGGUUCUCCUUAACUGUCUUACUGAUGCAUAGCAAAUUCAUUUUAAAUGGGGGGGAGAGAAGUCUGUUUUGAUGGCUUGAACAGUAUUUGACCACUGGUCUGUGUGUCCAGUCCUGAGGUUGGAGGAGCUCAUAGAGCAGCUAAACUCAGCCCUUCCCUGAGCUAAAGCAGACUCCCCCCUUCCUAAGCCCAGCGCGCAUCAGCCACCAGGUCCGAAGAGCCUCUCCUCACACAGGACUCUCUUUCCCUCGGCGUUCCCAUCGGAGCCUUUCCUGCUCCUCAGCUUGGCAUGCAGCGGAAGCAGCGUUUUCUAGAACUUGAAGCAAUGCAGAGCCUCCAGAUUUAACUUUGGAAACUUUUUUGCUUGGUGGGUGGUCUUUUCAUGCAAAUACGUAAGGGUGGGUUUUAUAUUUUGUAGAGGUUUUUGUCCUAUUUUAAUGCUCUUUGUAUGGCAGUAUGUAUAUAGUGUGGUUCGGUUCCUGACCCCACUUCUUUCCUGACAACCUUUGGAGUAACUGAUUUUGUGCAACUGUGUUUUGAAUAAAGCCAUGCCAGUGUUAAAUUAAAGCGAAAAUCCAACCCUGCAGCACUCUUCUGAGACUUUUUAGUUGUAACAAACCCACGUUUCCUCCCCCCGUCCCCUGUGUGCUGUAAAUUUUAAAUUAAAGCGUUUUCAAACCGAAUUAUUUCAAAUAAA